UAUUUUAAUAAACAAAAUAAGAACCCAAACAAAGCAAUCCUUCCCUUUGUGCCCCCAUUUCCAUGGCAUCGGAAGUCCGUCGCCACCGUCGGAAGUCCUCGAGGGCUGCUAUCAUCUUCAGAUCUCCGUCAAAUGAUAUCCAACAUGUUUAAAAGAAACAAGGAAAGGGGGAGAAGAAAAAUAUUUGCUGACUUCAUGCCAUGUCGUGUGUUUGUUAUUUGGCUGUUAACUGAUUCAUGAACAAGGGCAGACCCAAUUUGAUAAAACUCUUCAGCUGGCAUAGCCAUGCCUCACUUCCUUCUUUCAAAAUGCAAGUACAGUUAUCAUCAUCAUGACCGGUCCCAGAAAGAACUAUCUCAAGCAAUUGAUAUUCAUGAUAUUUCCAUUGCAAAGAACUGGAUGCUGGUUAUUUUAUCAUACUUCGGCACCCUUUUAUUGAUAGCAAGUACCUGUUAUUUGUUAGUGAUGAAGGAAAUGUUACAAGUUAGUUCCAUUUGGAGCAUCUUUGUGGUUAUUAUCUUUGCCAAAUUGUUGCAGUACAAACCUGUUAAAAAAGAGUCUGUUGUGAUUAUGCCAGAAUUUGGGGUCCAGCUGGAAACUCACUAUUGGAGUGGUAGAAUCAGCCGCCGUUUUGUCCCCAUUGGGAAGAUUCUUAGACCAGUAAUAAAUGAAUGUGUAACCCCCAUCACUUGUUACUGGACCUUGGCUUUGAUUGUUCGUGAGGAGGAACAACUUCUACUAGUUUUUCAGGAAUUGCAACCACCUCUCAAAAUGCUGGUUCCAGUCUGGAAGGCUCUUUGCGCUGCCACUGAUUGCAAUGAAUCAAGCUCCUCGUGAAACUGUGCUAUAUCAAUGCAUGAGCGCAUAUCUCCGUAAAACCUAACGAUGUUGGGAUGUUCACGCAUGGCAUCAUUGUGACGUGGAAAAUUGGCAUAUGGAGCGUUGCAGUUUGGUUUAGCGUCUUACUCGUACUUCUUGCCAGGUAACGACUCAAGCUCACCUUAUCCGUGUCCUCGGAAGGCUGAGUCAAUCAUGGCCCUCUUGUCCGCCUGUUCAAUGAUGUCUAGAUCCUAAAGCUAAUCUAUGGCCGUAGACCCGGCGCAGGUGACAAGUCCCACUGCAUGCGGGUUCAAUCAUCUUUAGUUGGCAGGUUCAGUGAUCAUCUAUGAUAUUUUGUUUUGAUUGGGAAAGUUGUUCGUUAUCAACUCAAAGCCGAAUACCACCAAUUUGCCUAUAAAUGCUUUCUAUUCUGGAUAUAACGGGGUGAAUAUAUAUAUAUAUAUAUAACAUCAUCCUUAUUAUCACAUGGAUAUCAUUGUGGAAUUUUAAAUGACGUGAACAAUCCGCAGCUCAAAAUGUCAGGAUUGACUUAUUAUUCGUUCUUCUUUGUUUUCCUUCAUCAA